AUGCUGGACACCCUGACCUUCCUCCUGGCCCACAUCAAGCUGUCCAGCCUCCUGCCCCCCUCUGCCCGAGAGAUGGCGGACCCUCCGCCGCCCCCCCGCUUUGACUCAGCCCGGUUCCAGAGGGGAGAUCUGCUGGAGGUCCCGCGAACCCUCUUCACCCACUUCGGCAUCUAUCUGGGGGAGAACCGGGUGGCGCACCUCAUCCCGGACAUCUUGCCAGUCCUGACCUCUGACCCCCAGCAGGUCCAGCUGAUGGUGACCAACACCCGGCUCCUGCUGGGGGUUCUGUGCAAGCGGGCCAGCGUCCGGGUGGACUCGGUGGAGGACUUCGCGUAUGGAGCCGGGAUCCUGCAGAACGCCAUGGACCGGGUGGUGGACCGACGGCCGCUGGGCGGCGAGGAGGUGGCCCGGGGGGCGGAGCAGCUGCUGGGGGGCGUGGCCUACAGCCUUCUGUGGAACAACUGCGAGCACUUCGUCACCCGCUGCCGGUACGGGUCGGCCCAGAGUCUGCAGACCCAGCAGUUCUGUGAGGGGAUGAAGGCUCUGAUCCGGGACCGGCGGGUGGUCGUCCUGACGGCUCUGUUGGGCCUCCUGUCCUUGGUGUGUUUGGGAGUCUCCUCUGGCACCGCCCUGCCAUCCCUCCUCGUCCCCUUCACCCUGUGGAUGGCCAGCUAAGACCCGGCUGGACCUCCUUCAGUGCUGGAACAACCCGAGCCUAAUGGACUUUGGACAGA